AGAAGAAGAGAAGAAAUUGAAUGUUAACCUAUAAUUAAAUUUCAUCCUGUUUUAUGUUUUUGUCUUAAAAAAAUUAAAAUUUCACAAAACAGCUCUUUUAAACAACCAGUAUGGGGAAAGUAUCAAAAGAUAAACGUGAUAUAUAUUAUCGAAAAGCGAAAGAACAAGGCUGGCGAGCUAGAAGUGCUUUUAAACUACUCCAGAUUGAUGAAAAAUACAAUAUUUUUGAUGGUGUAACUAGAGCUGUAGAUUUAUGUGCUGCCCCCGGAAGUUGGAGCCAAGUUUUAUCAAGAAAGUUAUACCUAGGAGAAUCCAUUGAUAUCAGAGACACCUGCUAUUUGUUUUACAGUGAUAUAGAACUACAGAGUAAGUUAGAGGAACUCGAACCUAGUGAAUCGUCCUCUAAAAACGAUAAUGUUAAAAUCGUGGCUGUUGAUUUACAGCCGAUGUCCCCACUUCCAGGUGUUAUUCAGCUUCAAGGAGACAUUACCAAAUAUUCAACUGCACAGCAAAUUAUUGGACAUUUCGAAGGUGAUCAUGCAGACUUAGUGGUGUGUGAUGGAGCGCCAGACGUAACAGGACUACAUAGUAUGGAUAUUUAUAUUCAGGCACAGUUAUUAUUAGGUGCAUUACACAUUUGUUGCAAUGUGUUAAAACCAGGUGGUACUUUUGUUGCAAAAAUAUUCCGGGGUAAAGAUAACGAUUUGCUUACAAAUCAGUUAUUGACGUUGUUUAAAGAAGUUGAUAUUGCUAAGCCUAGUAGUUCCAGAAAUUCUAGUAUAGAAUCGUUUGUUGUUUGUAGAAAUUAUAGCCCUCCAGAGGGUUUUGAUCCAAAACUUAUGACACCUUAUUUAGAUAUAUCUCAUCGUGAUUUUAAUUCACUCACUGGGGUGAAUAGGGUUAUAAUUCCUUUUGUCGUUUGUGGUGAUGUAAGUGCAUUUGAUUCAGAUACUACAUAUCCAUUGCAGUUGCAAGGAGAGAAACCUUACCAAUACAGACCUCCAGUCCAACCUCCAAUUGCACCAGCCUAUUCCUUUCACAAUACUUUGAAAACGGACAAAGAAUAUAUUGACCAAUAUCUCAAAAAAAUAGACGAUGCUGUAAAGCAGGCGGGUCUUGGAGGAUUUACAUCUACUAAAAAGACAAUUACACCUAAAAAGUUGGAGGAGGAUGAUAAUGAAUCAUCCUAUGAUGAUUAUGGUAAAACUGAAGUGGGAAAAACGAUUUUGGAUAAUGGUCCAUAUUUUGAUUUGCUUCAGAAAACAACCAAAUUAAAACAGCAAUCUGCAAGUAAAAGUCAGGAAACAGAAACUGAACAACAGGAAGGAACAAGUCUUCAGUUUUUCUAUGAAGAUGAGUAUACAGAUCCAGAACUGAUUCAGGUGUGUUUGGAAAGGAUGAAAGUUACUGGAACCUCAUGUAAUUGUAAUUAUUUUGAUUAGUUAAUGAUAUAAUCUGCACAAAGGCGUCAUAAACUCAAAAUUUGAUCUAAAUGAGGUGUUCUUAAACGAGGGAGAAUAGUGUUAGUAGAUAUAGAAAACUUCUUUGCAUACUUAGCCAUAUAUGGUAUAACAGGCUUUUUUUAGAAUUUGAAGCUUUUAUUUAUACCUUAAUACAUUUUUAUAACUAUUGUGCUAAAAUAUAAGAGCCUAUUAAGUAUCUCCUGUUAUUAUAACACAAAACAUUAGGAAGCUCUUUUUAACACCUUGGCUGCAUUUAGAGAUAUUUAUAAACUUACGUUGAGUGUAUUACAAGGCAUAUAUGUCCUGUAUACCCCAUUUGCUGCUAUGUGUUACUACACAGUUGCUCAGCCAACCGUUAAUGUAAUACGAGGUCAAUUUGUCCCGUAGCGGAGUCAACGUGUUAACAUUUUUAUUUGGAUUAAAACUAAGAUUGUGAUAUUAAUUAAUAAAAUCCCAGUAAUAAGUACUAAGUAGACAGUCUAAGAAUAUAGUGACUUUUAACUCUUUAGAUUUGUGUUUUCAAUCAAUAUUUUCAUUACUUGUUUAUUAUAUUAACUUUUGACUCAAUUAUUUUUUAAUAAAUCAGUUGUAAUAUGCAUUUUAAAUAAUAAUAAAUGUUUUAACUUACAG